AUCCUAUCUAAAAUAUAAAACAACAACAUAAUAAUAAUAAUAAAGCUUUUGGUUAUAUACACAUAGUCGCAUUGCUUUGCGUCAUAAAGUAAUGAAACGUGUUGUUGUUUACAGGUUCCAAUAAUUAGUAAAUACACACAGACGUAAAUAAUUCAUCUCGUUCAAGACGCAUCGAGUGUGCAAAGAAAACGAAAGUGCAAAGUAGUUUCAGUGAUUACAUGAAGUCAGUCGUCAGCUAAUAACAUACACGCGUUUAUAAUCCAACUCACCAAGACUCAAUUUUGAAAAAGUGAGUCAUUGCUGUUUUUGCUGUCAUAAUAUUAAUACAGCGUCAGCAUAACCUGCAUCAAGUUCAUAUGAAGAAUCGCCCAUGCAUACAUACAUUUACCUUUGUGAAAAAACUGAUGCAACUCUUCAGUCGUUCUAAACGCUUCAUGGGAUCAAGUUGUCAAACUCUAGAUUAAGAAAUUAGUUUUAACUCUUGGUGAAUAUCUAGAAUUUCAUAAAAAUGGGGGUGUUUUUAAUCCUAUUUUUUGCGGCUGUCCUGCUGCUCGCCAUCUUCUUCCGCUUCCGGGCGUAUAAGGAUCAGCUCUACUUCGAGUCUAAAGGAAUCCCGUACCAAGGGAACGGAAGUUACCGCAUGAUGGUAAACAUGUACAAAGGUGUCGGUCUCAUCGAAGGCAUUACCAUGAUGUACAAUAAACUGAAGUCUGAGAACAAGAAAGUCGUGGGGUCCAAGGACUUGGGUAUGUGUACCCUCACAAUUUUGGACCCAGCCCUCAUCCGCUCAGUUCUCGUUAAAGAUUUUGAUCAUUUUGCUGACCGUCGUCAGUUCAAAACGUUGAAAAAUGAUGUCAUUUUCGCCAAAAUGUUAAUCGCUCUGAGAGGCGGUCAAUGGAAAGCUCUUCGAUCUAAACUCAGUCCAACUUUCACCACGGGAAAGAUCAAACGCGUGUUUCCCAUGUUUAACGAAAGUGGGAAAAAGCUGGUAACCUUUGUUGAGAACGAGAUGGCCCUCAGUUCCGGAAUGGAGAUUGACUUGAUGGAUGGCUACUCAAAAUUUACGAUGGACGUUAUUGCCUCCGCCGUCUGCGGUAUCGACUCACAAGCCUUUAAUCAAAAAGAGCCUUCUCUGUUUGAAAGAAUGGGGAUGAAAAUGCAACUCCAAUUCGGAGGUGCUCAGCUCGCAAAACUUUUAGUGAUGCUCAUGUCUCCGAGGAUAGCAAAUUUAUUGGGAUUCUCCUUCUUUGAGUUGGAGGUUCAAGAAUUUUUCUCUCACGCCAUAAAAUCCUCAAUUCACCACCGUCAAGAAAAUAACGAGAAGCGAAACGAUUUUAUUCAGCUAAUGUUGGAGGCCAGAGAGGACAAGUUGAAAACUGACGAGAGUGAGCUGGACGCCUUUGAGAAGGAUGCGAUAAUCAAGAGUGGGGGCACUGAGAACGGGGAAAAGACUGGUAGUGGCGAUCUCCUGGAUGACGACGGGAUCGUGGCAAACGCCGUGCUCUUUAUGCUCGCAGGUUACGAUACGACACAGUCCCUCCUUCUCUACUGCGCAUACGCACUCGCAUUAAAUCAAGAGGUUCAGGACAAGCUGCGGAACGAAGUCGGUACUUUGUUGGAGAAUGAUGGAGAGCUGACCUACGAAACCUUAAACAAAAUGCAGUAUUUAGAUAUGGUUCUAAAUGAAACGCUACGAUUCUAUCCCCCAGCAGGUGCGACGGAUCGAGGUUGCACAAUGGAUUACAAAGUGCCAGGCACGGAUUUUAUCCUGAAGAAAGGUCAAGGCAUUAUGAUCCCCAUUUACGGGCUGCAUCAUGAUCCAGAGUAUUAUCCAGAACCUGAAAAGUUUGACCCUGAAAGGUUUUCACCUGAAAAUAAGGGAAAAAUUAAUCAAUAUGUUUAUCUUCCGUUUGGCGCUGGACCCCGGAAUUGUAUUGGAAUGAGAUUUGCUCUGGCAGAAGUAAAGGUCGCGAUUGCUCAUCUUGUCCAUAAUUUUAUGAUUGAGCCAUCCAAGAAGACCUUGAUCCCAAUGAAGUUCUCAAAAGCAAGCUCACUUAAACCCGACGGUGGAAUGUUUCUCGCUUUAAAUAAAAUUCAGCACUAACCUCAAGUAUGCACUUGAUCUUAAUGUAUGCAUUUUACUCGAGUAGCUCUUUUGCCUUUUCUCAAAUAAACUUAAUCCUUAUUGUUUAAAUCAAUUGAA